AUGAUCCAACCACGCCCCCAAUCCACCGGUCACCUCUACCAAAAUAUUCAGCUCCCUCACGCCCGAAUUCGCCCUGUCAGCCAGUUACAGUGGCGCCCGGCGCUCAGCCAAUCGACAGAAUUCCCUAACGAUCCUGCGAGGGUCCCGAGAGUCAAUGUGAUGCUACGUACCACCACACUACCGCAGGGUCAGGCGGUGAAGGCGAAAAAUUCGCAAAAUCUGACAUCGCUACGGGACCCGUUCCAUUUUAUGGACAGCCUGCCUGAUCCGCCCAGUCUUCCGCUACAUCAUCUUGAAGCGCUGCAGAUGCGGGUGGAGCAGGAGGAACGGAAAAAGAAAGAGGACCAAAAACGCAUCGUCCGCCGGAUCCAACAAGCCCCGCCCCGAAAACAAGAAAUCGAAUUCACCUCCACCCCCGCAUUCCACGCCAGCCGGGACUUGCGAUUACGGCCCGAAACGGCGCGCCCGAUCUUCAUCACGACGCUGAGUGAUGUGACCACGGAUUUA